UGCCCACUCCUUCCGUCCUUCCAUCCAUCCAUUUAUCCUUCGCUUCCUCUUCCCUUGAUACCUUCUUCCCUUCUUCUCCUUACUCCAUUUCCUGCAUCUUUCCCUCUCCUGUAUUUAUUUCCCUUCCUCCCUUCCUUCCUUCCUUCCGUCGUCCCUCCGUUUGCCCACCAUCCUUCCAUCGCUUUACUCGCUCCCCCCGUCUCCUCCUCCUCCUCCUCCUCCUCUCCCCAGCACGGGAUUGUGGGAGGAAGCGGAGCGGAGCGCAGACAGACGCCCAGCGAACAUGGCUGCACCAUGAGCCGCCUCCCAGAGGCUCGCCACCGCCGCCGCUGCCUCCUCCUCCUCCAGCCGCCCGAGCGCUAGCGCCAGCCCGCGGCUUGAGCCGAGGCCGAGUGGGGGAGUGCAGCGGCCGAGGGGGGGAGGAGGAGGAGGAGGGACACCCUUCCCAGAUCUCCUCCCCGAUCGCCCCCCCUCGACCGACGCCGCGGGGGGAGGAGCAGGAGCUCCCCGACUAGUCGAGGAACCGACCGACGGACCGCGGCCGGCCCCAGGCGCCCGCUCCCCGGCGCCCACUCCCCAUGGAUAGGAACUACCCCAGCGCUGGCUUCGGAGAUCCGCUGGGCGCCGGCCCGGGAUGGAGCUACGAGCGCUCGGCCAAGGCCAGCUUGGUGUAUGGCGGAUCCCGAAGCUCACAUCCAGACACAGAUAUUUUACACCGCCAAGCGUAUGCCACUCCCCAUCCUCUGCAGGGCUAUGCCACAAACCAUCACCCAGCAGGUCUUUCUGGCUUAUUCGAGACUGGGCUCCAUCAUGCCAGCAGUGCCACCCCCGAUGCCUCUGUCAUGAACCUCAUUUCAGCUCUAGAGUCACGGGCACCACAGCCAGGCCCUUCUGCUUCCUCCCUGCUGUCCCAGUUCCGCACUCCAUCCUGGCAAACAGCCAUGCACACUCCAGCGCCUGCUGAGCUCUUCAUCUCAGGGGCCCUCCCAGGUUCUGGCACCUUCCCUUCCUCAUCAGCGCUCUCUGCUUACCAGCAUCCAGCCUCUUUCAGCGGGCGCAGCUUCCCAGUCACAUCAUCCCUGACGCUCCAGGAUGCUACUUUCAGCCCAACAUCCAAUGGCCUACUGUCCCCCCAUGAUCCUCUACUUCACAUCAAAUCCUCUCAGUCCAGUGUUCCUUCAUCCCUCAGCUUUGACAGACUGGGCAGUGCGGUAUUGGGUACGGGCUUGCCCUCUCAGAGCUCAGCGUAUCGUAGUGCUCAAGAAUCAGCUUCCCGCCACCUCCCCUCCCAGUUCAAUCUUUUGUCAUCCUCACUGGGACCAUCUGACCAGACAUCCCAGCUUUACAACACCUCAGUCUUCUCCAGUUCCCCUGCCUCCUCCAUUGAGCGGGCCAUCCCCCGGCAAGAUAGUGUGAUCAAACAUUACCAGAGACCUUCUAGUGCCCAGCCGCAGCUGCCCGCUGCCCAUUCUCUCCAGCAUUAUCUAAGCUGUGGGGGUAGCUACCAGCAGAUGCCCCACCGUUCAAGCCUUUCCUGCAGUCCCCUUGGCGAUCAGUCCCCCGCCAGCAGCGAAGGCUCUCAGCAGCAGAAGACCUCCCAGGCCACGCGGCAAGAGCCCUCUCAAAGCUACCGUCCCAUUAUUCAGUCUCCAGGCUAUUCUGGUACCACCUCUUCUUCAAAAUCCAAGAGUUACUCGGCUUCCCGCCAACCACCCCGUUCUACAGCCACGCCCAAGUGCCAAAGCAACUACAGUUCAUCCACACCCAAGCCCAGCUCUGUCAUUGCAAGCCAGUCACAGGCCUAUUCACCUGGUCAGCCUCAGAGUCUCCUUUCCAUGAGCCAAACGCAGAGUUAUUCUGUCAGUCAACCACAAAAUCUGUCUUCAGUUAGCCAGGCCUCUCAAGGCUUCAGCAGCAACCAAGCCCAGGACCUCACAAGUGUGAGUAAAGCUCAGAGUUAUUCCAGCAGUGGACAAGCUCAGCAGGGCCAAGCUGGGCAAGGAGGACAAGGACUGCAGACAUGUCAAAAUCAGACUUACUCUCCUGAGCAGCUACAAGGCUUAUCAUCUGUUGGGUACAGUGUUCAGACUGAGCCCCAUGUUUCUGUCAGCCAGACACCAAGCUAUGUACCAGCUCAUUCUCAAGGGAUGCCCACAGCUAGCCCAUCAUUGAGUUACAGCACUGGCCAUUCUCCAGCUAUGCCAGGGCACAGCCAGUCUAUUGGCUACUCUCAUGGGCAGAACCUUCCAGAUUCAAGUCCUUCCCAAAUCAUCCGGCCUCUCCAGUCACCUACCACUAACCGGCCCCAGAGUGUGGCAUCGCCUGGCCAGACCCAGAAAUAUCUCACUUCUGUGCUGUCUCCUUCGUUCAUGCAGACAGCUCACACACAAAGUUACCAGGGUUCCCAAGGUGGGCUAGAGAGAGCAUCCUCUUACAAUAAAGCCAAGGCAGACUCAGACCUGCUAUCAUCUGAGAGAACUGAAGAUGAAGAGUUUUUAAUCCAACACUUGCUGCAGUCGCAGAGCCCACCAAGGGUGCCAACAGAAGGCAUGGUAGAGUGUGAGGAGAGGGCAGGGAAAGGGAUGGGUUAUGAAUUGAGCAAGACUGAAGAGCGUUACCACUUGCAGAGUGUGAUCCGGACCAACUCUAAUCUGGACAACCAAGGCCUGGAGAUGUCCUUGCAAAGCUUAAAGGACAAAAAGAAAGGAGAGAGGUCCAAAGAGUACUCCCACACGCGUUCCACUCCAGAGUCUUUGGCUACCUCUGUGGUCCAUUACAGCCAUCAAGCUGGCUCUAUAGACUCUUACGGGCAAGACAUAAAGAAGUCAGUGGAGCAGCACCUCCAGAGUGGUCACAUGGAUUCAAGCAGUAAGGAAAUAUCUCAGGCCCAUUCUUAUUUGCAGAAGACUCCUGAACACGCCUCCCAGCCUCAUCCCAUGGAGUCCCACGGAUUAAUGGCUGGCCAGCAGGGUGCAACCCUAAUGAUGGACUCCCCUCCCGAUUUGCCCCCUCUUUCCCUUUCCCAGCAACAGCAGCAGCAGCAGCAGCAGUCCCAACUGCUCCAGUCAGUGCUCACUCACACCCAAAGCCAGAUGCACUCUCGUGGAAAGGUUCGCACCCCACUGGAUGUCCAUCUUAUGGAACCUCAGCGUAUGCAUCAGACGGAAGCGCCCUCACCGCAGCUUCAGAUGCAGGCAUUGGAAGCCCACCUCCAUCAGGCCCAUGUUCGUUCUCAGAGCAUGGAAGCCCAGCUUCUUGAGCCACAGCAGUCCCCCCAGCUCCAAGGCCAGCUGCAGUCAGAAAGGAUGCAAUCUGAGGGCAUGGAGGUAAUGCCCCAAGGCAAUCUUUCCCAGUCCCAAGAGAUCCAGGACUUCUUGGAGCCCGAGCUGAGCUUGGAAUCCCACCUGGGACAGGGUGGGACAGUGCAGAGUCAACAGCAUCUCCUUCCUGAUUCCACCUUGGACCCCGACUCCACCCAGCAGGUUCCUCAAGGCCAACUUGAAGGCAAGGACCAGUUUGAGAGCCCCAGUCCUCAAGGAGCCAAGCAACGGUUUGUCCCCCUCACUUCCAUCUGUUUCCCAGACUCUUUGUUACAAGAUGAAGACCGUAGCUUCUUCCCUGGCAUGGAGGACAUGUUCGGCCCCCCUCCCUGUGCAGCGGAUGAGUUCCCUAAACCAGAUGAUGGCACGCAGGGCAUGGAAAGGGGUGAAGGAAUGAAAGGGGGAGGCUACGAUAUGAUGCCUGGUGGACAAGGCUAUCAGAGUUACUGCCAAUCAGAAAGUGGGGAUGGGCAGCACUUGGGGUUAGAUACAGUGUCAGUCAAACACGAGUUGCCUUCUACAGUCAACACAGAACAACUGGGACUGAUUCAGUCUGGCCAACAUGGGACAGCUCCUGUUUCAGAAUCCAAGUCGGGUCUGACCUCACCAAUCUUCUGCUCUUCCAAGCCCAAGAAAUUGCUGAAGACUUCCUCCUUCCAUUUGCUGAAAAAACGGGAACCAUCUUUCCAACCUCCCAAAAAAAACUAUGCCCAGGAGUAUGAAUUUGAAGACGAUGAGGACAAGGAGGAUGUCCCAGCUGACAUCCGCCUCAAUAGCCGCCGCCUGCCUGAUCUGCUGCCUGACCUCAUUUCCAGCUGCCGGACAAACCGGACCAGCCUUAGCCCCAUGGGCGACAUAGACUUUUGCCCACCAAACAGCAGUCUCAUGGAGGGGCCCAAGCGGCGAGGCCGCAAGCCUACCAAACCUAAGCGGGAAGGCCCACCUCGCCCCCGUGGGAGGCCCCGCAUCCGGCCCCUGACUGAACCUCCCCACGGUGUGGCUCAUGAUGGCACCAAGAAGCCCCGUGGACGGGGAAGAGGGAGGGGCAAGAAAGCCGGGGAGGAGGGGGUUGAGCCAGGCACAGGCUUGGAAUCCCUCAAACCACUCAAGAUAAAACUGCCAGUCCCCAAAGGUUUGGAGGGAUCUCAAUUGGAAGCUCCCACCCCCUCUCACCAGCCCACCCAAGAGAGCAACUUGGAUAGUAACCAAACAAGAGAGAAGAUCAAGCAGAAAAUCAAGGAGGUGGAAGAGAAGCAGCCAGAGAUGAAGUCAGGGUUCAUGGCCUCCUUCCUGGACUUCCUGAAGUCAGGCAAACGUCAGACUCUGCCUUCCACUGCCAUCUCCUCGGCAGCAACAGUUGGGGCCUCCAGUACAGCAGCACCCGUGGUCUCUUCUGCAGGCAGUCCAUCCAAGUCGUCUCACCCGCCAUCAGCUACGUCCUCCCAGCCUCCACCUCCCUUUGGCAUGGCACCGCCAAUGCUAUCUGGUGGUUUGGAUGGACCUGAAGGAGAUGCAGCUGGGCUUGUCAUGAGUUGUACCAGCCCCUGCAAACGGCUUGAUGAGGAGCUGAAACGUAACCUGGAGACAUUGCCCUCAUUCUCAUCAGAUGAGGAAGAUUCUGUUAGCAAGAACCAAGACCUGCAGAAAAGCAUCUCCUCAGCCAUCUCCGCGCUCUAUGAUCCCACUGACCGUAAAGAUGGAGAACCCAGUGAUGUGCCACCAGUGGAGGUGAAAGUCCCUAGUCCUACUCCUUCGGUGGAGGCAGAUGUCCAACAAGAGCAACCACCUCCACCCAUCUCCCCAGCCCCCUCACUCAAGGAGCCUCCCCCAGUGCUUGAAGAGCUACCGCUACCACCACCACCACUACCACCACCACUACCACCACAGGAAUCUCCUGAACCCGAAGACCCUGAGGACACACGGCCUCUUCACCUUGCUAAGAAGCAGGAGACGGCAGCCAUUUGUGGAGAGACAGAUGAAGAGGAGGUGGAGAGUGGUGGGGAGGGGAUCUUCCGAGAGCGGGAUGAGUUUGUCAUACGUGUUGAAGAUGUUCAGGCUCUCAGGCUUGCACUUCAGACUGGCCGGGAACCACCUCCAAUCUGGCGAGUACAGAAAGCUUUGCUUCAGAAGUUUACACCUGAAAUCAAGGAUGGGCAGCGUCAAUUCUGUGCAACCAGCAAUUAUCUGGGCUAUUUUGGUGAUGCCAAGAACCGUUACCAACGACUCUAUGUUAAAUUCUUGGAGAAUAUCAACAAGAAAGAUUAUGUCCGUGUCUGUUCCAAGAAACCCUGGCAUCGGCCUCUGCAAGCUGUCAGGAGACAAAGCCAGCCCAAGGCUUCUACCCCCAAGGUUCCAAUGACACCCAAAGUUGAAAAACCCGAGAAGCUGGAAGUCCCGGAGAGAGUUGAGAAACCCGAAAAGCUUAUUAAGGCUGAGAAGCUCCCCAAGGCUGCUGAAAAAAUGGACAAAACAGAGAAGCCUCCCAAAACGGAGAAAGGGCCUAAGCCAGAAAAGGCCCCCAAGGUGGAGAAGUCUGAAAAGCCCACCAAAGCAGAGAAAUUGGCCAAGGCAGAGAAGCCUCCCAGAGUAGAAAAAGUAGAACCUUCUGUGCCUGUGCUGACAAAAGCUGCCCCAGCUGGUGGAGCUUCUAAACCCAAGUCUACGAAGCCGGCCAAGGUGAAAGCUGAACCACCCCCCAAGAAGAGGAAAAAAUGGCUCAAGGAAGCAGCAUCUUCUUCAGACUCAGAUUCCAGCCCUGACCAGCAGAGUGAGGAGGAGCGUGUGCCCACAGGCCGCAUUCUCAAUACACGAGCCAUGAAGGAGAUGUACCGCAGUUACGUGGAAAUGCUGGUCAGCACUGCCCUUGAUCCGGACAUGAUACAAGCUCUUGAAGAUACAAACGAUGAACUUUAUCUCCCGCCCAUGAGGAAAAUUGAUGGGAUUUUGAAUGAUCAUAAGAAAAAGGUGCUGAAGAGAGUGUCCCUGAAUCCAUCACUACAGGAGGCACUCCACAUGUUCCCCCAACUCCAUGCCGAGACAUGUGAUACCACAGUUAAGUUGCGCCCGGCUGGUGAACCUUACAACCGCAAGACUCUCAACAAACUCAAGAAGAAUGUAUCCAAACCGCAGGAAUUCAAUGUGGAAGUGGAGAAGUCCUUUUUCUAUACUCUGUACCAUUCCCUUCACCACUACAAAUACCACACCUUUCUGCGUUGUAAAGAUGAGACAACGGCAAUUGAGGGUCAAGACGAAGAUUUGGGCCAGGAGGAGGUGGUGCAGCAGUGCAUGCGCAACCAGCCAUGGUUGGAGAAACUCUUUGACUCCUUCAGCGAGUUGCUGACUCAGGCACAAAGCAAAUGUGCAUGACACGGUCAUCAGAGCUACGCCCCAGGAGGGGCCGCCUAACGCCUGCCCCUCUGCAGAGCCAGAGCAGGAAGUGGGGAGAGGAAAGUCGAGGGGUAUCAUUACAGGCAACGAGUUCAGACUCAGCUCACACCACCACCACCACCCCUUCUCCUUGGGGGUUUCUCUUUUUCCUUAAACAGGACAUGGGACAAGCCUCUGCUAUGGUGGUGGAGGGUGGAGGUUUGCUAUGGCAGACAGGACAUGUUGAAGAGGGUUCUCAUCAAAUAAUUGGAUGGUUGGAACACCCUUUUCCCUUUUGCCCUGGCUGUACAGAGAAAUAUUAUUUAUAUAUAUAAAUGUAUAAAUAUCUAAUUGAACAGCCUUGCUCCCUGCUCAGGGGGGAUUGAGAAUAGGGGAAACUCAUCGGAAAGUCAUAGGAAUGGGUGGUGUGGUGUGAUUUAGAGCCGAAAGGCUUCUCGGUUUCUCACCAUGGAGUGAGCUGACAGUAGUGAGAUUGGUGAAAAGAGAAGGACCAGGUUCUCCUGGGGUUCUACCCUCCAUCUCUUCCAUCAAGAACUUUUCUUCUCCUUAGGGAGAGUUGAGAAUUGAGCGUGGGGAGGUGGUGCAUUGGCCACCCUUUACACAGUGUCUAGCUUCUUUUAUCCAUGGUCUGAUCAGGAAGUAUGACCCCUGUUCUCCAACAACUCUAAUCCCAUCUCUGCCAAAUAACUGUUGUUUGGAGUGAAGGGAAGCCAUCCAUCCGUACACUAAUAGCAAUCACUUCUAUUUUUGCUUCUAAUAGGAAUAUUUAUUGCCAAGCUCCUUGUUCCCAAUCAUAAUUGGUAGCACCAAUUUUCUCUCUUUCUGGAGAAACCUCCCUUUCUUUCUCUCCCUCCCUCCCUUUGUGUAUUCAUGGGGCAAUUGCCGCUGGAGGAUUCACUUUUUUUGCCAUUGAAUUGGGAAUUCUAGCUCAUUUGGGUAUGUGGAACUUCCCCUAUACUUUCUGAAUAGAGAGCAGUAUAUGGGCAGGGGAGAGCCUUGUGACAUCCAAAGCAACCUGCCGAGAUUGUAGCAAAACUUCUGAAAUUCCCCUCACUUCCCCCAGAUUUCACAAUUAGCCCCCCUUGAAUCAUGGGAGGAAUUGUAUAAAGGACUUUAGAUAAGUCCCUUCUCCAGUGGUAGAUCUGCACUUCUGUGAGGGAGGGAUAAUUUGUUUUUUUAAUUUUUCCCCAUUCUCCCCAUAUUACAGUGUCUGAGAAGGCAGGAUUCUGCUCCCCCCUCCCUGCACCUGUAUAUACUGUAUAGGAUAAAAAAAAAAGUCUAUGUAUCAUAUUGUAUUUGACUAACUUGAACUUAAUGAUGCGCAGGAGUUUCUCUUUCUCUCUCUCUCUCCUUUCACCUGUAGCUGUGAUGUUCUUGGUUUCGACUGAAACUUUCAUUAGGAGGUUGUUAAUUUUUUUUAAUCAUUGUUGUUGUUACUGAGGGGGGGGAGGGAAAUUUUAUGUCCCCCACCCCAAUCUGCCUCAAAAACAAAGCUCCCUCUCCAACGCUAAACUGAAACGAUAAAAUAAACUCUAAUGAGCCAGAGGAUGAAGAUCUUGUCUUAAUUGCCCUUUCUUCAACUCCCAAGUGGGCUCUCCAUCCCUCAACCAGCUAUCCAUUAUCUUAUGUGUGUCUGUCCUGCCCCCACCCCCAGUAAUCUUUCCCAUUACAGAUACUCCUCGACUAACGACCACAGUUCAGCCCAAAAUUUCUGUUGCUAAGCAAGGCAGUCUUAAGUGAAUUGUGCCCCAUGUUAUGAAUUUUUUUUGCCACAAUUGUUAAGCGAAUCAGUGCAGUUGUUAAAUGAAUCAUGUGGUCGUUAAGCAAAUCUGAAUUCCCCCUUUGACUUGCUUGUUGGAAGCCAGCUGAAAAGGUUACCAAUGGUGUUCACAUGCCUCCCUGGGACAGUGCAAUUGUCAUAAAUGCAUGCCAGUUGCCAAGUGCCUGAAUUUUCAUCACGUGACCAUGGAGAUCCUACAACAGUCAUAAGUGAAAAACUGUCAUAAGUCUUUUUUUUUUCAGUGCCGUUGCAACUUUGAACGGCCAGUAAAUGAAUUGUUGUAAAUCAAGGACUACCUGUACAUCAAGCACACACUUUGGCCAACCAUUAGCAUUCUUCACCCCAGAUCUUCCUCUAACCUCCCAAAGCAAUCCCUUACUUGAAUGUAGAUCUUCCUUUGUCAGAUUCCCGUCUUUUUGCUAAAGUCUACCUCAUUCUUCCUCCAUUGCUGUUUCUCCCUCUUUCACACCUAGAGUCAUGUCUUUGAGGUGGGCGGCUGUAUAAAUUUGAAUGAAUGAAUGAAUUUGCCUUCCCCCUCCCCUCCCCCCCAUCAAGUCAUCCUUUAUUCCUAGCCCAUCUCUAGAGCUGUGUUCCUCCUUCAUCACUAAACAUUCCUCCAUUUGAAUUGUCCUGUUCUUAGAAGAACUUUGAUCUUUCCAAAACUUGCUAUUUCUUUCUGCCAACCCAAACUUCAACAGAAGUUACGGAAAUUGCUCCAGUAUUUUUUUUUUCCAAUUUUGGGUAUCAAGGAGGGAGGUGUGAAAAGGAACUUCAAGGAUAGUGGGGAAACAAAUUCCACUUCAGAAUUGGUAUUCUCAUCAUAAAGACCUACUUCAAACAAAUCUCUCCCUGGAUCAGCAAACACAGAAAUGUACUAAGACCUGUUUGGUUGCUUAGGUCAGAGUCCCCAAUGUAUGUACUCAGAUACCGUUGGCUCUCAUUUUGCCUCCUCCUCCCUACCUUAUUUAUUGUGGAUGAAAAGGCAAGGUUGGCAUGUGUGUAUGUAAGUAUGCACGGUUGAGGGGGAAGAUGGAAGAUGAAAUCUGGUAAAUGUGCCCUAAGCAAAGAUUUUAAACGGGAGGGUAGCCUGGUUUGAGUAUUUUGAACCUUGCAAUUCAGAUUUUUUUUAAAGCCAUCUUUCCCUGAUAGACCAGGUUAUUGGUAGCUGUUGGCCUUAGAAGUGAUGAAUUGUGACAGAUAGCCGAGUGUGGAAAUGGGGUUAGCUGAACAGGGGUUUGGGGAAAUGAGAGUAGAGUUGGGGGAAUCUUUCAUAUUAAUUUUAGAGGGACCUAGAGCCUUGGCACUUCUUGGGACAAAACACUUGCACCAUCAAUUCCAUGCAGAACCUUGCUAAACCAUCGCUUCCAGUUGGAGGGACAGAGUAGCCAAACUUGAGCUCUCAAAAUUGGACAGGCCCAGCUCUGAGUUGAUCAAGGACAAGGACAAAGACACACACAGAGAGACAUGUACAGCUCAAUUUCCUGUGACAAAAAGAGACUUUCCUCCUCCGCCACCUACCCUUAUAUUUGGAUCUUGAAAGGCCCCCUUUUUUACGACGUGUAUUUCUGUGUAUCUUGUUCGCGCCUCAAGGGUAUUGUUCUGAGAUAUGGGAUUUGUGUUCUGUAUUAUUGGAUGUUCCUAUAUAUUUUUAUUGUUUAUUAUUAGUGUCUGAGACGUUUUUUUCUCUCAAUAUGUAAAACUCACAUUGUAUACUGUGUACACAACAAAAUGACAAAAAAACACUUUUCUUUGCAAAAAUCAAA